AUGGACCAGCUACGAUUUGAAUUUGCAGUGUUGCCAGCGAGUGAUGGAAAGUCAAAUGUAUAUUGUGUAACCUCCAUAACGAAAAGAGAUAAAAAAGUGUUUGCUAUUCCAGAAAAAAUACAGUCUGCUAGUCUUCAUAAAGAGUUUAUAAAGACAGCUGCGUACAAUAAAAUAAAAAAUAGUUUAAAGAAAAGACAUCAGACAAGAAAAAUUUGGAUUACAAUGACAAAUGAACUAAGUAACGUGUACAUGUACAUAGAUGAAGAUGGUAAUCUACAAUUUGGAGAUCAAUAUCUCGAAGAAAUUGAACAAAAGCAAGCAUCUGGUAAUUUAGGAAAAAAUACAGAUUCAUUGAAAAAAUUAUUUACAAAAUUUAUUGAAAGCUCACAAGAUUUAAAAAAACAGAACCUGAAAUAUUUUGCAGAAAAGUUUAUAAUUGAAAGAUUUACAAGCUGGAACCAAGUGACUUAUGCUUUGUUAUUUAAGUACAAGGAUGGUUCAUUAGUGGAUUAUGCUAUAAAAAAAAAAAACUUUUACUGGACAUGA